AUAUCGACCAACCGCAACCUCUGACGCCAGCUAUGCUACUAACGGUGAAAACAAAACCACUUCUUCCCCCACCAGGAGUGUUUGUCCAUCAAGAUUCAUACUCUAAAAAACAUUGGCGAAGAGUCCAGUACUUAGCUGACCAAUUUUGGAUCCGGUGGAGACACGAGUAUCUGCAAAUGCUGCAACCAAGAUCAAAAUGGAACGAACGCCAUCCAGACCUCAAGGUUGACGACGUUGUCCUUAUGAAAGACGACGCCCACCGAAAUCAAUGGCCAAUGGGAAGAGUGGUGGACGCCAUCAGAAGCGAAGACAACAAGGUCCGAAAAGUGAAGAUUGCCGUGUUGAAAGACGGGGCAGAAAAGAUAUAUUUACGUCCGAUCAAGGAAUUGGUCCUGCUUGUACGUGCAAAGACUCAAUCCAGGGAAUGUGAUACCUCAUCAUAAUAGGGCGUAGCAAGACCUUUGGUCUUGGGCGAGGAGUGUCAUGUUUCGACAUGCAAAUUUAUCAAGGACGGUGAAUUGCGUGGGUAGAUCGUUACGAUAUAAAAAGCGUGAAGUUACUUUUAUAUAGUUAGUUGGGGUUGACUACAGAACAAACUUUUUACCGGUGCUUAUAAUGGGGAUUAUCAUGGCUUCAAAGCGAAGCCAACCUGUAUGAACACUUUGGUCAUUUUUGUUUACUCAUUUAAUAUAUUUCUAGACUUCUAAGCUAAGUCAAGCUUGAAUACUUUUGUUUUAUAUUGUGAAAUAACACUGGUUGGAGCUACGCUCCCAUUCAGGGGACGCGAUAGUCACACAUUUCCACAUUUCUUUUAAUUUUCCACAUUGUGAGUCGGUUUUCUGCAUGGUCUCUACUCUGUGGUUCUGAUUGAUUUAAAUGGAACAAGCACGUAUGGGAAAUCACCAAAAAAGCUUGUAAACGUCUGUUCUGUCUAAGGGAAUGCCGCAAAAUCUCCCAGGAGAAAUUGCUACACUAUGCUAUCAGACAAACGUUCGACAACUAUUAGAAUAUACUACACCAACCUGGGGUGGUAAUCCUUAUCAGAUGCUUGCCUUCCAAGUUUAGCUGACGGUAAAGGCAGAUUCACGCAUGUUUUCAAGGUUUGUUAAAAAGUGUGAAUGUUCAUUUCUUUAUGCAUUUUUCGUUCAAUCCGAGCUGCAAAAACGCGAUGAUCUUGAGAAGAUGUCAUUUAGUGAGAUUAUCAAUUUUCUCCCAAAAGGCCUUGAUACCAUUUACCAAGCAUAUUUUCAACGCCUUGAAGAUGAACUUAGAGCCAUAGUGCAUCAGAAUUUUGAUGUCUUGAGAAUAUUGGAAUUGCUAGUUGCUUGUGAAAGACCUCUUCUAAUCUAAUCCUUAUCAGAUGAGUUAGAGAACAUCCAGGUGAGAAUAUGCAAUACGCAGACUUCCAAACAACACGCUUCCCUCUCUGAAGGAAAGAAGAAAUUUAUUAUAACUGCCACAGAAUUCAAGCGCAUUAAGAAGGAUAACUCAACCCAAAUACCAAAUAUAUUCCAUUGUCUUUGGAUCACAAAGAUCUCUCGUACUAGACAUAAAUAGUAUUUUUUUCCCAGAGCAAUCUCAUUUCCCUCUAAUUUUAAACUGCAAUUCUAUACUGGCUUUGUAUAAUUUUAAUAUUCGUAUGUGUAUUUUAGCUUUGACUAAUAACAUUGUAAAAUAUAUUUUGUAUGAAUAUUCUUAGUGUAAAUCUAUUGUAUUUCUAAAGCUUAAGAGAGCGUUAAUUCCUAUACUAUAAUAAUUUUGCGUCUUUUUAUACUACUCUUUCUAACACAAAACAGUUUGCUCUGACAAAUGAAUCUUCAGGUUGGACGUUAUUUAAAAACUUAAUUUUAGUGCUUUUCUACAGUGGUGCCGGAACGCGUACGAGUUUUAUUUUGGGGGAGGGCUAAUUUUCAGGGAAUCGUAGUUUUCAGCCAAAUUGAAGAACUUGGACGUCAAAAAAGCUGCAAAUAUUGCUUAAUCACUGUAAUUGGUUUUCGUAAGUUAGUAUGACUUAGUGGGGCCUAUAAAAUCUCCAGCAAAUUAGCAUCGUCGAACAUACUCUGCUUAGUCCGCCUGUGGAAACUGUGGUGGGUGCAGAAGCCCUCCAGUUUAAAUUCACAUCAGGAAUAUUCGAAUUUAUCGACCACAUGUUAGUAAUUUUGCCUUUUAGGCACUGAUCGAGAAUCUUCAUUAUCACUACCUUACUCUGAUCUACUUUUGUUUUUUUUGGGGGGAGGGGGGUGGGCUUACUUCCAGCACGGCGUUCUUGGUUUUUCAAUAUCUUGUUUCGUUCUUUAGAUAUUCAGCUUUUUAAAACAUGCAAAUUAGGUUCAAAGUGACGUCAUUUACUCCAGAAAUCAGAUUUGGAAAACGAUGAAUAUCUUUAUUCGUGACAGAAACAAUUAAUUCAAACAUUGUUCUAGUAUAUAACGAAGAGUGUUUUCACAUCUCAAAAUUUGUAUCACUGCUUUUUUCAUGGAAACCAUAAAGCAAAAAAUGCGUUUUGCUUGUAGAGCAAAAACCAGAUCAUUUCUUCACUGCUAAACAAGGUUUAAACUAAAGCAUACGAGGGAAAAGUCAAGUUUCAGUCAUUUGAAUGGUCGUAUUUUUCACAAAUAUGGCGGAAAACACAAUUAACAUUUUUUAGUGAAGCAGUUAUUUUAUGUACCACAUAGCUAUAGUGCUGCAAAGAUUGAGUGAAUUUUACCCAUCACGAAGUAAUAUAUUCAUUGUUUUCUAAAUCUGAUUUAAUAUUCUGGAGUAAAUGACGUCACUUUGGACCUAAUUUACAUGUUUGAAAAAGCUGAAUAUCUUGAGAAUUACUUGAGAACAUUCCCUUAUUUGUAUAUAUCAUGUACGAGUGAUAUUUGUAAAAUUUCGACCUUUUCAAAUUUGCAAAUGUUUGGGUGGAUAAAAAGUAGGUAUUUACCUGUUUAAUUUGGGGUUAUUUUUAUUAUUAUUUAAUUUUUUUUUCUUUUUGUUCUUCCCACAUUAUGACGUCAUAUUGUGUAUCUAUAACUGAACAGACAGCAGCAAAACGUAUCUAUUUGUUAAAUAAUUGAACUCGGUUUUUGUGACAUCCGAAAUCAUCAAGGUCUCUGUCAGCGUUAUUCUAGUUUAGCAAUGACAAGCUCAUUAUAUUCUCAUUUGUAUUCUUACGAGAUCGUGAAUAGGUAAAUUAAUUAUGAAUGGAACAUAAUACUGACCCUGGCCUCUGUUCAGUCUUUCACCAGGCGAAACGUAUCCAAGAAAAAUCCUUUAUCUUGUAGCAAUCUCGUGCAGUGUCAUGACUUCUGUCGACCUCCAAGAAAAAGCAAAUUUUACAAGACUCAGUAAACUUUUGGUUGACAAAGGAACUGAAGCUUUAAGAAAUACGCUCGAUGUCAAAUAUCCUCCUGCUAACCUGCCUGCAGUUCUCAAUACCAACAGAAUAUCCCUUCUAAAGCUAAAGCCUCGAGUUAUUAAUGAUUCCCAGUGGGACUUAUUGUUCCCACCGUCCGGUAACCCACCUGACUCCAAAACCUUUGAUAUCACAUUACAUACCGUUCUUCUACGGAACGUUUGUGGCUUACCCUCACCUGCAACAGGGUGGAAUACGAUGCCCCCAGACGCAGAUAGAUCUCCACAAGCAAAUAUUGUAAGAAUCAAGUUGUUCAGAAAUCAAGUUUAUGCACAUGUGACGUCAACCCAACUGGAUAAUGCAACUUUUCAAUCUUUAUAGCAGAAGAUCACCCAGGCUUUAGUUGAAUUAAACAUUCCUCAGAAAGAUGUGGACGACUUAAAAAUUUGUCCUUUAGGACCUGAAGAAGAAAUCUAUCUAGAGGCACUUAAAAUAAGGAAAUCACAGGAAGAGGAGUGUAUUGCAAUGCUAGAAGUAUUGUCUAAUGAUGUUAAAUCCGUCGAAAGUUCUAUAAAUCGUUUGGAACAGAUUACUGAAGAAACUCGUGAUGAAAAGGAUGAAGAUAUCUUGCGAAAACUAGCAAAGCAUAAUUUCAAAAGCAAAAUUAGAGGUAAAGUGAAGCUUUUCAUGCCUGGCACAAGAAAAUGGUUACUGAAGCAAGUUAACGAGUGGUUUGAUGAGAAUAAGCACGACUCAAGAAUAUUGCUAUUAACAGCCGGUCCUGGUUUUGGUAAAAGUGUGUUUGCAGUUAAAGUUUGUGACGAUUUUGAAAAGAAAGGCAAGUUGGCUGCUUCCCACUUUUGUGACUUUAGUGAUUCAAACCUAAGAAAUCCUAUGAUUAUGCUGCAGUCACUUGCGAGUCAGAUGUGUGACACUGUCGUAGGUUUUAAAGAGAAGCUUCUUGAUCAGUUAAAACGACCUCACCAAAUCCAAAACCUAAAGGAUGCCUUUGGAAUAUACUUGCAAAAUCCACUCGAUGAAUUAGAAAGAGAAGAGUCCAUUUUAGUUGUGAUCGAUGGCUUGGAUGAAAGUGCAGCAGAUGAUAAGAAUGAAAUUGUAAAUUUGAUCGCUAAUUAUUUUCCAGAUCUUCCCCGGCCCAGUGUAUAA